UUCGCUCCCGGAAGUUAUUUGACACUGGCAGUGGAAUUGGACAUGGUGUUUUCUUCGACAUGCGCUCGCUGUUUGGGCUGAUCGCUGUGGUAGUGACAGCUACUUUAUACCUUUACAUACUAUCCUCUCGUCUGCCCCCUGGACCUCAGGUAACUAAAAAGAGCAAUGAGGAAAACACGGACAAAUCUGUUGAUGACAACCAGCAAAGUGAAAUGGAGACUUCUUCCUCCAGGUUAAAGUUCCCAUCAGACCUGGAAGAACUGAAAGAGAUGGCCGAGUUGUUGCGGUUUUAUAAGACAGAGCACACUGGAUAUGUUUUACUACUCUUCUGCAGUGCCUACCUCUACAAGCAGGCUUUUGCCAUACCCGGCUCAUCAUUUUUAAACAUUUUGGCUGGAGCUUUGUUUGGAAGGUGGUAUGGUCUUCUGCUGGCCUGUGUUCUCACCACAUUUGGUGCUACUCUAUGUUUUCUCCUGUCGCAGGCAUUUGGCAAGCAACGCAUUGUGAGACUUUUCCCUGAUAAGGUGGCCAUACUGCAAAAGAAGGUUGAGGAAAACAGAAGCAGUUUGUUUUUUUUCCUGCUGUUCCUGAGAUUCUUUCCCAUGAGUCCAAACUGGUUCCUAAAUGUGACGUCCCCAAUACUGAAUAUCCCAGUCACUCUCUUCGUCAUGGCUGUCUUCAUUGGCCUGAUACCGUACAACUUCAUCUGUGUCCAGACGGGUUCAAUGCUGUCUGAUAUUUCUUCUCUGGACGACUUGCUCUCUUGGACUGUAGUGUUGGAGUUGCUUCUAAUUGCCUGUGCUGCACUGUUACCUGGAGCUCUCAUACGUCACUACAGCAGCAAACAUCUCCACCUAGAUGGCCUUGAAACAAACGGACUCGACAAAGACAAGAAGGAAAGAUAAAAGACAAUGUGGGAGCAUUGUUUUAAACUUUUUGGUCACUUGGCUGCUGUCUGCAUUUAAGAGCAUUAAAAUUUGGAGGGAUUAUUGGAGAAUCUCUUUCGUGGACUCUUUUAAAGUUUUUAUCAAAAAUGGAAGUGUAAUUUUUAUGUGUCAUCUACUCAGGAGGCUACUGUCAUUUAUAAGCAUAUAUUUUUGGAAGUUAUGUAUAUGUAAUGUUGUUCUCUGAAAUGUUAAUCCAGCCUUUACUGUACAAAUCAACAGAGAUGUGAAAAUAUAAACAUUAUUACGUUUUCAAAUACUGUACAUGGCACAGUCUUUUGGGAAGCGUGUGUUUUUUUCUGUUGUAAAAUUAGUGGUGUCUUGCAAGGAAGUGUAGAUAUUUGAGGUAUAAAUGCAUACAUUUCAUCUGUAUAGACUGUAAUAUUAAUAUUACAUAUUUGGGUGCUUGGUUACUUUUGGUAAAUAUACUUUUACGUAGCCAGAUGUCAGAAAAUAUUUUUAUUUUAUUUAAGUUAUACAUAAGACAAAAUUUACAUACACAGUAGGGCUGCACGAUUAUGACGACAAAUCACAAUUGUCGUCUAUUCCCCUUGAUUUUACAUUUAUGUUUUGAAAUUUUUUAUAACUUUUUGUGAAGCAGCUUUCAUGGUAAAUUCUAAACAAUAAAAACGAAAUAAUAUAAUGUAAAUCACAAUUAAUUUCGGAAGUUAAUCUAAAACGAGUGGCUAAAAGACACGUCAACUUGUCAAUUUUUAAAUCUGAUUCACCAUUGGUGCCCAAACAUACUGGUGAAAUGCACAGAAAUGAGCACAAAUGGGCAGU